AUGAAAGGCACAGGGAUAGUUGGUCUAGGAGCAUGGCCAUUGUCACUAGUUUCACAACUUGGUGACAGAAUUGGGCACAAAUUCUCAUAUUAUUUGGCUCCUAUUGAUUCAAAUUCCAAUAGCAAACUCAAAUUCGGGGACGAAGCAAACAUUUUAGGAAAUGGGGUUGUGUCAACUCGCUUGACAAAGAACCCUAUAUCACCAAGCUAUUACAACGUCAACCCUAAAGGCAUUAAUCAAAUCUACUCAAGUGUUGAGGCGGUACAAGAUCUUCCACAGUCGUUCGAUUUCUGCGGCUGUUUCAAAGGGUCAAGUGUUGAAGUGCCGCCUGAAAUUGUGUUUCACUUUAAUGGUGGUGAUGUUACCUUGCCACUUGAGAACAUGUACACUAUUGUUGAGAACAACUUGGUGGAGUAUGAUCUUCAAGGGAAAAGGGUUUCUUUUGCCCCUUCUAAUUGUGCUGAUAAUAGCGGAUUAAUCAUCAUAUCUUUCUCAAAUUCUAGCAAUGUCAAGUUCACACCUAACGAGUUUACUCAGCUCUCAAUGUGCCUUUAA